AUGGGCCUCUGAAUUUAUGUGACAGCUACAGGAGAUAUUUUAUCGAAUUCCAGAAUUAUUGUUGAUUCAUCUGGGUCUAUAAAAAUACCGUUAGAGAGUCCAUUAGAAGUAACUUCUUCUGAAACUUUAUCGAGCCCUUCUUUUUCAAUGUGAAUUUGCUUAUCAUUUACUUCUGCAUUUAACAAUCCUGCCAUUACAACAACGUUGAAAAUAUAUAAUAAUAACAAUCUAGUCGCUUCGUCAACUUAUAAUACUGUCAUUUAUAGAGAUCAAGCUAAUCAAAACAUUAAAAUCGGCGGAAGUUCAGCUUCCUAUUUUAAAGGCUUUAUUUACAGCUAUCAGCUCUGAAAUGUUGCUAUAUUUGAUUUUACAACGCAAUUAGAUGAAAUUUGUGGCUCAGGACUGUUAGCAAAUUGUUUAUGGGCAUCUGAUAUUAACGAUUAUUUUGACUCAACAUACAAAAAUUGUGAUACAGGCUGCAGUUUAGGAUGCACAAGAACUGGUUCAUGCAAUAUUUGUGACGAUCCGCUUUGUAGUGUAUGUACUGGGUUUGAUGCAAAUAAAUGCACCACUUGUGUUUCUCAUGCUCACAAUACCCCAUGUAGCUGCGAUUCAGGCUCUUCUUUAUCAUCUGAUGGCUUUUCUUGUAUACCCUGCUUUACUGGCUGUUCUUCAUGCUCUUCAUCACAAUAUUACCAAUGCUCAGCUUGUGUUUCCUCUUAUUAUCUAUUAAAUGUCCUAUGCGAUACACAAUGUCCAAGCGGUUAUAGCCAAAAUUCUGGAGUGAAUUCCUUCUUUUAUUUGCAAAAUCUUGAAUCUUACGAAUGAAACCAUAUUGCAUUCACAGCAGAACACAAAAAUACGAAGCAGACAAAAAUGGCGUUCUAUUUAAACGGAGUUACAGAUCAUGAAAGUGAUAUAGGAUCUGACUAUUUUAAAGACACCAAAACAGAUAUGACUUUUACAUUAGGGGCGGAAAAGGAUCUAUCUGGCUAUAAAAAUUAUUUUAAAUGAUUUAUUUAUGAUAUUAAGGGGUACAACUCAGUAAAAAACAUAUCAUCACUUGUACUGCCCGCCGCGCAGUGCACAGAAGCCUGCAAAGCAUGCUUUACAAAUGGGAUCUGCAUUCCUAACUGUUUAAUUAGCCAAUACUGGAUUGGCCCAGAGUAUAAUAAAUGCUCCAAGUGCAGCACUGGGUGCCUUAGUUGUAGGGAUUCAAGUGCUUUUUGUAAUCUUUGUGAUAAUCAAAAAUGCUCAUCCUGUUAUGAUUUUGAAGCAGAGUCCUGCCUUAAAUGCGUUUCUGGUACUUCAAACACGGCAAAUUGUCAAUGUGACUAUGGUCUUGCCUGGAACUCAAGUUCAGGAAUGUGUGAAACUUGCCAUCAAUGGCAAUUCAAAGAAAACGAUUCUUGCUAUGAUUGUCCUCCUCUUUGUGCUCAAUGUGAUAGUGAAAAUAAAUGCACAUGGUGCAUUAACAAUGCUGUACUGAGCUCUGGAAGCUGUAUUUGCUCUCCUGGAUAUACAGGAGCAUCUACAUGCACAAUCAUCCCUUUAAUGCUACUCUCGCCAUCAACCAAAAUAAUACCCUGAUUUUGACCUUCAGUGAUGUCUUAA